AUGUCUCCACAGAAAGUUCAAUUGUAUAUUUAUGAUUUAUCUGGAGGUAUGGCCGCCACAAUAUCACCAAUGCUAUUGGGUAAAGAAAAGAGUGCCAUAAAAGAUGAGGUCAAGUUUUUAAAUUUUUUUCUCACAGGAAAGAAAAUAGAUGGAAUUUGGCACACCUCAAUCGUUGUUUACAACAGAGAGUACUUUUACGGAUCCAGAGGCGUUGAGAGUUGUGUUCCAGGAACAACUGCUCUUAGAAAUCCAUUGAAAAUUGAGGAUUUAGGAGAAACCCAUGUUCCAUAUCCUGUUUUCCUUGAUUAUUUGAAUGGACUGUCUGAAUCUAGUUACAAAGGCAGUACUUAUCAUCUAUUACAACACAACUGUAAUAAUUUCUCCCAUGAAAUUGCUCAUUUCCUAUGUGGAGCAGCAGUGCCAAAAUACAUCCUAGAUCUGCCGAAUGAAGUCCUGAAUUCCAGUCUAAGUUCUGUCAUUCUAGCCUUGGUAGCUCAAUUAGAGAAUAGUGCCAGGCCUAUUGCCGAGGAGCAAUCUUCAGACGUCCAAAAAGAACUGAGUCCAGAUUUUGACCAGCUGAACUCACAAAUUGAUGAAGAAAGGUAUAAUUCAUUUCUCCUGGAAGAAAGGAGAAAAACCCUUAGAGAAACACUAGCGAGAAAAAAACACAAAAGAGAUAAAACGCGCAGAAGAAUUUCACGAGAAAGCAGAAGAUUGCCUGUGGAGUCAAAAGAGGAAUUCGUGAUGGCUGAUGCAGAAGUAGUUAAUGGAGAAAGUCAUCUACCAUCUGAUGAAGCCAUAGCUUUGGAGGAAGAGGAGAGGAGGGAGGAAGAUGCAAAGAAAAAAGCUAGAGAUCCACCUAUUGUUUAUAAGGAUUUGAUAGAUGUGAAAGCAGAAUUUGAUACUUUGAUAGGGCUCAUUGAUGGAAAAUUGACACCUGAAGAACAAAGAUCUACUGAAGAACUUCAUCAGUAUAUGGUUGGAAGAUUACUCCAUGAUGAACAAUUCCCUUUGGAUGUGAGAGUGAGAAUUCUGAAUAUAUUGGCGAUGGCAGCAAUGAAAGAUGAUGUUAUACUUGUAUUACAUCAGGAUAGAAAAGAUCAUGUUCUGAUGAAUUAUGCCUUCGAAAUAGAUAGGCUAACUCCUGAGGAACAAGAAGCCAUAGCGUUAUUCGUGAGUUAA